GUCUUGCUCGGGGACACUUCGACACAGCCCGGGGAGGGGAUCGAACCGGUAACCCUCCGACUGAGAGAACUGUUCUUACAGCCUGAGCCAUGUCGCCCCUCAGUACUAACCCAUAUAUUUCUGAAGGCGGGAUUUAAGCGCUGAGAGUCCCGUCACGGCUCCGCCUCGCCGCUCUAAGGCAGGGCAAGCGCAGAGAGGGACUGCAGACAGUAACGCAGUAAAACGCCGUAGGUUUCACACAUAACGACUAAAUACUACCAAGAGCACUGUGAAACGGAGACGAACAAAAUGUCUGCAGAACCGGGUCAGAUAUAUUUGGUGACUGGGGGUUGUGGUUUUCUUGGUCAGCACCUGCUCCGAGUACUGUUGGAAAAAGAAGAUAAAGUGAGAGAAAUUCGUCUUUUUGACAAACACACCAACCCAAGCUUGCAAGAUCAUAGUACAGAACGGGUGAAGGUGGUGGUGAUACAAGGGGACAUCACAGACUACUCCAGUGUGCUGGCUGCAGCUCAGGGGGCAGACCUGGUCAUUCACUCUGCUAGUCUGGUGGAUGUGUGGCACAGGGUUCCUGAAAAGACUAUCCACACUGUCAAUGUUCAAGGUACAGUAAAUGUGAUCAAUGCAUGUGUGGAGACUGGGAUACAAUACCUGGUGUACACAAGCAGUAUGGAGGUUGUCGGACCCAAUGUCAAAGGAGACCCCUUUAUCAGAGGAAAUGAGGAAACUGUGUACAAUGUGUGCCAUGAGAUGCCCUACCCCAAAAGCAAGGCAGUUGCUGAGAAAUUGGUUCUAGAUGCCAAUGGAAAGAAGGUUAAUGGAGGGGCCUGUCUGUACACCUGUGCCUUGCGACCCACUGGCAUCUAUGGGGAGCAGCACCAGUUGAUGAGGGACUUCUACCAGAUGGGGGUGCGCACAGGGGGCUGGUUGAUCCGAGGGGUCCCCCGGAGCACAGAACAUGGCCGCGUUUAUGCAGGCAAUGUGGCAUGGAUGCACUUGCUGGCAGCGAAGUCCUUGCAGGAUCGCCCCCACAUAAUGGGAGGGGAAGUAUACUUUUGCUAUGACGACUCACCGUACAAGAGCUAUGAGGACUUCAAUAUGCAGUUCCUGUCACACUUCAACUUCCGGGAGGUGAGUGUGCCGAUGUGGCUGCUUUGGGCGGUGGCAUGGAUAAACGAUCUGCUGCACUGCCUUCUGAAACCAGUGUGGAGUUACACACCAUUGCUCAAUCACUACACACUGGCUGUGGCCUGCACCUCCUUUACCGUUAGCUCUGACAAGGCCCUGCGGCAUUUCCAGUACCGCCCGCUAUACGACUGGGACCAGGCGCGGGCUCGCACUCAGCGCUGGGUCAACACCUUCGGCGACGCCAAGGAUUCUUGACAUAUUGGAACAUUCUGGAAAUACCAUCAUUCUUUUCCAUGACCUACUUCUCUGUCGGAAAACACUUUUCCAGAGUUUGGAGAAAGGCUAUGAGUCACUGUCUUGAGUUUUAUGUUUCUUCACUUUCAUUAAAGGGAAUCCUGACCUUUUUAUUGUUAUAGGGAAAACAGAUCCUUCUCCAGCUCUACAGCUUUUUCCAUUUAAUUAUUUCCAUAACCCUUUGUGUUCAUACUUUUCUCCUUUUUUCUUUGUAUUACUAUGGUUGAAUGAAAAUGUUUGAAGAAUUAAUCAUUUUAAUACAAAUCUCUCCCACUAUGACACUAGCUGGUAUUAAACAGUAUUGGCUCUGCCCCUAAGUAUUCUAGCUUCAAGUAGGCGGCAGUCAGAUUGAAUGUAAUGUAAUGUAAUAGAAAAUCUCUUAAACAGAUAAAAUAUGUUAAUGCAUUAUCUUAUACAAAUGAAUUAAAAUGGAAAUGGAAAAUGGAAUGUGUGUAUACACUCUUUCCAGUUUUGCAUCUUUGUAUCUUUGCUUUAUGGAAUUUUAUUUUACAUUCUUUUACAAGGCUUUUGGACAGUACUGUCUGUCGCUAAAAUUAAUCAUUAUUUCAAAAAAAUUCUAAUUAUUGUUGAUUUGCCUAUUUAGCAUGAAUUUAUAUAUAAUUAGGGCAAAGGCCCCCAUUAAGACCAUGUAUCUAUAAGGUCCACUUACAUUUUUACAUUAAAUUAUCAAGAUAAAAUGUUGGACUUGUGUGUGUGGACUUGUUGGUGCACUGGGUUGAAGCCAUUUUGAAAGCUUGGAGUCCCCAGAAAGAUAUGUUAUUUGAGUGAGUGAUUAUUGAGUAAAAGUAUGCCUGUGUGUUUAUACUUUGUGCUGCUAUCAGCAUAUUUUUCAAAAAACCCUUGAAUGCAGUUUAAUAUUAGAGUAUCUCAUGUAUUUUUCAGUAAUAUAAACAGUUCAAUAGUAUUCCUGAGCUCAAUUUAAUGAAAUAAACAAAAUUUCUAGGUGAGCUUAUAGGUAACGGUGCUGCUGAAAUUGCAUUUGACCAUGUAUGUUUUCCUUGACAUAAUAAAUAAAUGCUUGAUAUAA